AUGUUUGGCGCGCAUUCCGCAAAAUUUGGCGCGAAAUCAGUCAACGCAGCAAGGUGGCAGAGUGUUCAUCGAAGCUGGGGCCGACAUGGAGUACUUUAUACUUAAUGGCAAUACUCUUGUGCCGAUACAAAACAUAACAGAGGACGCAGCAGGCACCGUGUUCCUACAGGCAGUUGAAACGCAAGUCAAUACAGCGACCCCGGUGCAAGCAACACAGCCGGAAUCAAAUAUAGUGCACGAUCCGAAGGUGCAUGUGAAGACAUUGGUGUUUUUCGACCUGGAGACCAGUGGUCUACCAAGCCCAGGACAGAGGGUCUGCAUCACGGAGCUUGCAAUGGUGGCAGUUGACAGGCAAACAUUCGGAAACAACAAGACUUUACCAUUUCGAGUAGUCAACAAGUUUGUACAGUGCAUUAAACCAGAAGUUUAUGUCCACCCCAUGGCUGCCAAGACAUCAGGUCUCGACAACAAGAUUCUGGAAAAUCAACAGGUUUUCAAAGAAGUUGUCCCAGCUGUAAAGGCGUUCCUUGACAGUCUUCCUCAACCAGCCUGUCUCCUUGCUCACAAUGGAGAUCGUUUCGACUAUCCAAUUUUACAGGACGAGUUGACGCGUGCCGGUGCGUUAGACAUCCUGGACGUUUACUGCUGCGAUACCAUCGGAGCCAUGAAGCACAUUCUGCGUGACGGCGCUCCUACCAACAAGAGAGGCGGAAACUCGUUCUCGCUAGAUGCCCUAUACAAGAAGCUGUGCGGGCGUCGAAAGAACGCGCAUCAGGCAGAACAGGACUGCUUGGACUUGAUGCGGGUGUGUCACCACGAUCGUCAGGCAUUCCUAGACUACGUGGACUCCCACGCUGUGAGCUUUGCCGAACGUGGAAGCGCGAACAAGUCUGCACAAAGGCUCAGCAUGUGAGGAUGUACGCAUGGUGCAUCCUCGUUUCAUAUUUGGUGUUUGCUUUUACCCUGAUUUUGUAGGCAUUGUGUAAAUCACCUGUGCAGUGUUUUGACAAAUUAACGGUCCACUUGAGAAGUGGUCUCUCAUCACAAUUCAUUACUCUCUUCUUUUUAUGCGUGCCACACUGGAUGAACCGUGGUGGCAAAAGAUUUCUUAUUUUUCCUCUUGCACAUUUCAUGAAGGGAUAGUAGCCAUGGCCAUAUCUCACUCCUGUUCAUUUUUUUUUUUUUUUACCAUCAGUGUUUUUAUCAACAUUCUGCUUCUACAUGUCACUGGUGAAAAGUUGCUUGUGGAUUUUAAAUUAUGUUACCCUUACGUUAUCUGAACAAGAAUGUAAUAUCUGCUCCCUAAAGUAAUACAAUAUGUCUUACCAACAAUAAUAUUAAUGCUCUAUUCCUAUUUUUGCGCAUCUAUCAAUUAGGUAAGCCUCAAAUACUUGAGCAUGAACAGUCAACCUGGUCACGUGUUUAAUUGUGUAUAUUAUUCAAAUGAAUGUUUUAAUGCUCGUGUGAAAAUGCACGUUGUCAUUUGUAAGCAAUGCUUUUCUUUCGUGUGGUUCUGUAGGGAUUUCAUUGUAUUGCUUUUACAUUUUUUAAAACUAUGAACAUUAUGAUUUUUCAUUGCUAUGAACGUGGACUAGCUCGGUCAUAGUUCAGUGGAAGGGACUGAGCUGGUUUGUGAUGGGCAUAAAGAUCAAGCUGACUCAUCCACACCCACUGUGUCUGUUGCAAAGUUCCCCCAGAGCACUCGUUAACAUUGUACAAGUGCUUCUGUGACAAUAACCUGUGACUUGUGUAUUUAUGGAUUUAUUGUCCGAGGGACCAAAGAAUGUGGAAGCACUUCGUAGUGCCUCACGUUAACCACACAUAAGCAGUGCAAUGCGCGGAAGGGAAACUAGAACGAACAAUAAAAACGAGUUUCUAAACAAC